GGACAGGUGCAGCAGACCCGCAGCGCCCGGCGCGCUCCGCUUUCCGCCUCGGAGCCCGUCCGCGGCGCCCGGCCAGACCUGCCGGAGCACCGCAGCAGCCGCCCGUCAGCACUCGCCUUCCGGCCCCGCCGCGCGCUCCUUCCCGACGCAGUGUCCACGGCGCAGAGGACGAGAUGGAUUGGAGCACGCUGCAGACCAUCCUGGGCGGAGUCAACAAGCACUCCACCAGCAUCGGGAAGGUGUGGAUCACCGUCCUCUUCAUCUUCCGCAUCAUGAUCCUCGUGGUGGCCGCCAAGGAGGUGUGGGGGGAUGAGCAGGCCGACUUCGUGUGCAACACGCUACAGCCCGGCUGCAAGAACGUGUGCUACGACCACUACUUCCCCAUCUCCCACAUCCGACUCUGGGCCCUGCAGCUGAUCUUCGUGUCCACCCCGGCGCUCCUGGUGGCCAUGCACGUGGCCUACCGCAGACACGAGAAGAAGAGGAAGUUCAUGAAGGGGGAGAUCAAGAACGAAUUCAAGGACAUCGAGGAGAUCAAGAGCCAGAAGGUGCGCAUCGAGGGCUCGCUGUGGUGGACCUACACCAGCAGCAUCUUCUUCCGCGUCAUCUUCGAAGCCGCCUUCAUGUACGUCUUCUACAUCAUGUACAACGGCUUCUCCAUGCAGCGCCUGGUCAAGUGCAACGCCUGGCCCUGCCCCAACACCGUGGACUGCUUCGUCUCCAGGCCCACGGAGAAGACCGUCUUCACCGUGUUCAUGAUCGCCGUGUCUGGAAUUUGCAUCCUGCUCAACGUCACCGAAUUGUGCUACCUGCUCAUCAGAUAUUGCUCCGGAAAGUCGAAAAAGCCUGCUUAACACGCGCACCGCCUGGCUGGUGACUGGAAAGAAGACAGCACGAAAGGGUGAGGCGACCUGUGCCGGGCUGUCAAACUUCAGUCACCAGCGUGUCCCAAGACCAAGAUUCUGGUCUCGGCGGCAACCACCGGCCAUCGCUGUAGACUUCCCAUGCAGCUCGGCCACCUCCAGCAGAGCUCCUCUCCUGGGGCACCAGAGGCCAGGCCCAGCUCUCCACCUUUGCUCCUUCUCAUCACUUUAGCUCCACCCCUUGCUGGGGAGGGGGAGCUGGCAUGAGG